AUGCUGUGGUGUCAUUUGCGGUCGGUGCUAUGUGUGCUUGCUAUUGCUGCGGUCUCAGGUCUUAGAAAAAGUCCUCCCUGUAGUCCGACUAGGGAAUGUGGACCAAGUUACGUAGCUGGAGGCACUAGACAGCCUUGUACAACUAAACGUAAAACAACGCCUCCUUCUCCGUUGACGAAAUUCGCCAAGUUAUAUGAGAGAACUUAUGGAAGGCAAAGAGUUAUUGAUGGACCGAUCCGCUUGAUGGAUGGUACUAGAGUCAAAGUUGCUGAUAGCCCUGUAUAUGAUGAGAAAGGGACAUACUUCAUACGAUAUUUGUUCACAAACGAUAUUGUGAUAACUAGCAUGAAUUUAAAGGCCCCUACGCGUCUUGAAGCCUCCCAACUCGAUUCAAGGGAAUGGGAUCCCGAUCAUGAUUCUCUUGAUUUCACAAGCUACACAACUACAAUGAUAGAAGAGAUGUUUACGUAUGGCGUAGUUGAGAUUAGCAGAAAUGCAGCAGCGAAAGUGCUAUCCAUUGGACUCGGAACUGGUUAUAUAAAUUCAUAUCUCUACAAAAAUUAUAGAAAAAUGAACAUCACGGUGGUUGAGAUAGAUGGGGUUAUGUUGAAUAUCUCGAAAAAAUGGUUUGGAUUGAAAUUGGACAACAGACAGCGGGUUGUAAUAGCAGAUGGCGUCGAGUAUGUAAAAAGAGUUGCAGGGGCCGGUAAAACGUUCGAUGUCAUACACCUUGAUGCAUGCACCAUGGACGAAAGCGCACCUGUAAAUUGCCCAAUUAAUAUCUUUUUGGCUCCAGAUGUUGUGCGCAGUUUUUCUGCAUUGCUGGGCCCUAGAGGAAUAUUGGUAAUGAACGUGAUGACAAUGAAAUCUGACCAUAUUGCUGCAGCCAAAUUGGUCAAGAAAGCGUUUGAGAAAUUGUUUAAAAAAUGCAUCGGAAAAUAUGCUCCAUUCUCUGCUCCGAACAUUGUCAUGACUUGCGCACAGUUCGACCGACCUUCUGGGUUGAAGGAGCGAUAUCAGCGAUGGAAAGGCUAUACAACAGGGGAAUAA